AUGACUUUUAUCAUGUAUUUGCUUUUAUUUUCUUUUGUAAUGGGAUUAGUUGCUGUUGCUUCUAACCCCUCUCCCUACUUUGCUGCUCUAGGGUUGGUUGUAGUUGCAGGGGUAGGGUGUGGUGUUUUGGUGGGGCACGGGGGGCCUUUCUUAUCUUUGGUGUUGUUCUUAAUUUAUUUAGGUGGGAUGUUGGUAGUGUUUGCAUAUUCGGCAGCUCUUGCUGCUGAACCUUACCCAGAGAGCUGAGGGAGUCGGCCGGUAGUCAUGUAUAUGGGGGCUUAUCUGGUGGGGGUAGUCGUGGUGUCCGGGCUGUUUUGAGGGGGGUGGUAUGAGUCUUCUUGGGUCUCUGUUGAUGAACUAGGUGAGUUCUCUGUGUUUCGGGGAGAUGUUGGGGGAGUUGCUUUAAUGUACUCACUAGGGGGUUGAAUGUUAAUUAUCAGUGCAUGGGUAUUGUUGCUUACUUUGUUUGUGGUACUAGAGCUGACUCGAGGACUUAGUCGGGGUGCUCUCCGGGCUGUUUAG